AUGCUCGCUAACUAUAAAUGCUCGCCGUACGCUUCACAUGGCAUCAUUCGCUCGAUUACCUUCCAACAGUCCCAGGACCCAAAAAACCAUUCAAAAAUGAAAUCGUUCAUUGUUCUCGCUGUGCUCGUGGCCGCGGCCGUAGCAGCCCCAGCAGCUGGUGGACCCGACUCCACUGCCCAGAUCCUGCGAUAUGACAGCAACAAUAUCGGUGUUGAUGGAUACUCAUAUGGAUUUGAGACCUCCAACGGCAUCUCCCAACAAGAAGAAGGUCAGCUCGUGAACGCUGGCUCCGAAAACGCAGCCAUCGCCGUCCGUGGUCAGUUCUCCUACACCGGACCUGAUGGCCAGCAAUACACCGUGACCUACGUCGCCGACGAGAACGGCUUCCAGCCCCAAGGCGCCCACUUACCCCAAGCCGCUUAAAUCAAAUUAGAAGAAGCAAAUAUCUAGUCCAAAAAUACUCAUAUCCAUAACCUCGCCCCUUUCCCUCUCCCUGUUGUUUCCUCCAAGCGAUCUGUGAUACGAUCCCAGUUUGAUUGUUAAUAAACAUUUAUGUUUAAGUAA